AUGGAUGGAACAGGAACCUUGAUGAUGAACCGUUUCAAUACAAAAAAAAAUUCAAAGUAUGAAUUUAAAAAGGAUGCGGCUAUGAAACGAGGUGAAUACGAAGAGAUUGUGAGCGCUGAUGAAAAGAUCUGUAUUCUAAAAUGGAAGGACAAUAAAGUCAACUCUUGGAUGGAGUAUAGACAAGAUUGCAGGGCAAACAAAAUGAAGACUAAGGACAUCCUAGACCUCCUGGCUUUUCGUCUAAGUGUAAGUGAAUACCUUUUAGCAGGUUCACCAAGGGCUGCUGGAGAUAAUCGAGAACCAGAGUUUGCAGAAAUGCCCAGCUCUUCAAGAUAUCGUCCAAAGCCUUUACCAUCCGUUGACAAGCAAAGAGAUGGUUAUAAUCACUGGCCAGUCAUGGAUACCUUGAAAGAGCCUCGAGUCUGCCGCGCUAUAAAGUGUACCAGUAGAACACGUUGUCGAUGUUCUAAAUGUGAUGUUUAUCUUUUCCUCACGAAGGACAGAAAUUGCUUUUAUGACUUCCAUAACUAA